CAGAGACACAGGCAGAGGGAGAAGCAGGCUCCAUGCAGGACCCAAUCCCAGGACCCCAGGAUCACGGCCAGGGCUAAAGGCAAGCUAAACGGCUGAGCCACCCAGGGAUCCCUGUUUACCAGAAAUUUGAAUGUCACAAGGCUUCCUGCAUUUUUAUCUGCUAAAUCUAGUAAACAUUCACAAGGUACAUGUCCUAAGGCCAUUCUGCUGAUCAGAUUAAUUUUAGAACAGCCCCUGGGGGAGGACUCCCUGGUGUCCAGACACGUUAGUGUUCUGAAAUGCCUCAGCAGGGGCGCCUGGGUGGCUCAACUGGUUAAGCAUCUGCCUUUGACCCAGGUCUUGAUCUCAGGGUCCUGGAAUCAAGCCCUAUAUGAGGCUCCCUGCUCAGCAGGGAAUCUGCUUCUUCCUCUCUCUCUCUCUCUCUCUCUCUGCCCCUCCCACCACUCGAGUCUUUCCAUCUCUCUCUCAAAUAACUUAAAAAAACCCCACAACUGAAUGCUAUAUUGUCAGCACCCCAGAAGCCCCCCUAGGGCCACCACUGCCUCCAACACACAGAUUAGAACAGAAUCCGUGGACUCAGAACCAAUCUUGUUUGGGGACUUCUUUCAUUCCCUGUCGCAUUGGGUAAGGGUCCUUGGUUAUGCCGUGUGUCCUCAUGGCCGUUUGCUCUCCUGCCUGGAUGAUCCUCCACUUUGUGUCUAUUCUGCAGUCCCUUACUGCUGAUAGUCAUCUGGGCUGUUUCCAGUUGGAGAACCUUCUAGCUCUUUGGGGCUCGAGUGGGAUUGCAGGUCGCAGGGUGCGAGUCUAGCUUUGGCAGCUACUCUGAAGUCUUCCAAAGUGGCAGCCGCAGCACUGGGGUGAUUUAAGUACCUUGGGGCAGGUGUGGGAGACUCAGCAGGAUACCAGGGGGAUGGGAGGAGGACGUGGGCCACCAAGGACCUUUGGCUUGUUCUGGUUGGUUUCUGCUACUGAUAGUGGACAGCAGGAUUUGACUUACUUCUGGAUCUUGGGAUUUUCCCCAGAGAGCUCUGGAAAGAGGUAUGCAUGGGUACAUGCGUGGAGGAGGUAAUUUAUGAGAGCAGGAUGUAGAGUGGUUUGGCUGGUCAUCGGUGGCUUGCCUCUGUCUACACAGAAAGGUCUAAACACUGCCUGCCUUUCCAGUCUUCACAGGCUCUAGUAGACUGUGCAACCCAGAGCCAGAUUUGGGCAUUCCCUCCCAAGGCCAAUGGGUCACUCACUCGCUCCCCCCACUUUGGUAGACCCUGACUUGGGGACACAGUCUCAUGAUUGGUAGAACUGUGAAGACGUGCACCCACCACUUGGAAAAUCCACUAGGCCUGACAGCCCCGGGGGGAAUAGUGUGGUGCGGUGUCUAAGCCUCUAAGCCCUCUCUGAGCCUCAGUUUCCUUCUCCUUCUCUGGGUUAAUACUAGGUGGGGCUCUCAUGUAGAUUAAAAGACAUUCUUGCUGAGGCUCAACACCUCAUGUGACUCUGCAAGUGCUACAAAUGGUAGCACCCUUGGGCUGCAGGAGCUGGAAGGACUCUCGGACGUGGGCUUGUCCAAGCCUCUAGAGCACAAAGGGUGAAUGCCUAUCCCAGCCCGGCAGAGCUGGAGCAGGGAUUAGCGCUGGACCCCUGAGGUUUAGCCCUGUGCUCUUCCCCCAGAUUCUGGGGCCUCAAUCAAUCACUCUAAUCCCCUGCGCGUUUAGUAUGUCACGCUGAUGUGUGACCAGCAGGCAGGGACAGGGCAUGUAGCUGCACAGCCCUGCUGGCUUUGUCCUACUGCUGCAACAAGGAGGCGGGGCAGGGAUUAUAAACCUGUGCAAACAACACAUUUUCUCCAGUGACACCUGCUGCAACAGUCACACACCCCAGAGUCCCAAUUUUCCCGGCUCCUGUGCCUGUGGACGACCUCCAGGGUGCUGGAAGGCCCUUUUUGGUGACGAAGGCCACUCCUGCCGCCGGGCGGCCCGGGCAGCCACCAGCAGCCAGCAUGUCCACACAGAGCGCACACCACCUGGAGUCCGAGGCCUCGCACCUGCAGCCGGAGAUCCCGGAGGCCCUGAGCCGCCGGCGCCGCCACACACUUCCCGCCAGCGAGUUUCGCUGCCUCACCCCAGAGGAUGCUGCCAGCGUGUUUGAGAUCGAGCGCGAAGCCUUCAUCUCUGUCUUGGGCAUCUGCCCACUGUAUCUGGACGAGAUCAAGCACUUCCUGAGCCUGUGUCCAGAGCUGUCCCUGGGCUGGUUCCAGGAGGGCCGCCUUGUGGCCUUCAUCAUUGGCUCGCUUUGGGAUGAGGAGAGACUCACUCAGGAGUCGCUGACGCUGCACCGGCCUGGGGGUGACACCAUCCACCUACACGUGCUGGCGGUGCACCACACUUUCCGGGGGCAAGGCAAGGGCUCCAUGCUGAUGUGGCGCUACCUGUACCACCUGGGGAGCCAGCCAGCAGUGCGCCGGGCCGUGCUCAUGUGCGAGGACGCGCUGGUGCCCUUCUACCAGAGUCUGGGCUUCCACCUUGUGGGCCCGUGCGCCAUCACCCUGGGCUCACUCACCUUCACUGAGCUCCAAUGCUCCAUGCGGGGCCAUAUCUCCCUGCGCAGGAACAGUGGCUGCUGACCAGGGCACCCCACCCACCCAGCUGCCACCCCAGGGCGCCCACAGCCACAUGCCAGAGUUCCUACCCAUCCCCAAUGUCCCCUUCUCCCCUGGCCCAGGCUGCCCAGCUAGAGCACGGGUGGUGCACUUUCCAGCGGGUUCUCAUGUGGCUCCCCGGACCUCCUGCAUCCCCAGCUGUGAUGGAGGUGGGGCCGGGUUGGUAACCGGGGACAGCAGGUGUCCCGUGACCUGCCUCAGUGACUCUCUCCUUCUCAAGAACCAAUGGUGGGCCCUCUGGGCAGACAGCAUCCUGGUCCUUAUGGAGGUGUCAGGGAUUCCCUUUCUCAUCCUCAGCCCCAGAACAGGGAGCAGGGGGAAGCUGGGAACAGGAAAGUACAGGGGCUACCUCCCAGCUCCCCCGUGUGCUCUCCACCCCCGACCUCAGACACCCUGGGUCCUCCUCCCCCUAAUAAAGUAAUCGUUCUGCAUAACCUUC